AUGCGCACUUUCUUACUACUGCUAGAUGGAUUGGAAUGUCACGGAUUAUUGGACAAGGUUCUUGUUGAUAUACUUCCUGGACUACAAUAUCUAAGGGUGCUAAGCCUGCGUACACCGAAAAUCACAGAGGUACCACAAUCCAUUGGUCGUCUCAUGCAUCUCCGGUAUCUUAAUUUUUCCUUUACUGCAAUAACAUGUUUACCGGAACAAGUGAGUGACCUUUAUAAUCUACAAAGCUUGUUGCUUCAAGGUUGUUAUCAGUUAUCUGGCUUGCCAAAAAGUUUUGUAAAGUUGAUAAACCUGCGUCACCUUGACAUUACUGAUACUCCAAAGGUGAACAAGAUGCCCUUAGGGAUUGGUGGAUUAACGAGUCUACAAACUCUAACCAAGGUCAUUGUUGAUGGAGCAGACGGGUUCAAACUAUCUGAGCUUCAGGAAAUAUCAGAUCUUCAAGGUCAAAUUUACAUUAAGGGGCUCGACAAAGUGAAAAACCCAAUACAAGCACAGGAUGCCAACAUAUAUCAAAAGAAGGGUCUUGAUGAUUUGGAGAUGGAAUGGAGUGAUGUGUUUGAUGAUUCACGGAAUGAUUUGGUUGAAUACGAAAUACUUGAAAGACUAAGGCCUCACCAUAAGUUGAGAACCCUGAAGAUUUUGUAUUACAAGGGAACGAGAUUUCCUAGUUGGGUGGGCGAUCCCUCAUUUGAUCGCUUAACAGAGCGCACAUUAUGUGGUUGUACAAGUACACAUUUACCCACACUCGGACGUCUAAAGUCACUUGGGAAAUUGAUUGUUACAAGGAUGAAGGAGGUGAUGAUUUUGGGUUUUGAGUUACUUGGACCCACAAGUUCUUUUGGUGACAUUGUGUUUCCCUCACUUGAGUUUUUGGAAUUUGAUGACAUGCAAGGUUGGCAAAAAUGGUCAACUAGUGGCAACAACGACGAUGAACCUGCUAGAUCAUUUCCUCGUCUCCGUGAUAUUUCUAUAAAGCGUUGUCCGAAACUAGUUAAAGUGGCAAUUGGAUCGAUACCAUCACUUCGUGCUUUACAUAUAGAAGAAUGUUCCGCAGAAAUAUUAAGAAGCAUGAUUGGUUUGUCUUCAUCACUUUUUGCAUUGCGGAUGUCGAAUGUUAAAGGACUUACUGAACUACAUGGACAAUAUCUAACACAUCUGGUGGCAGUUCAACAUCUACAUUUUGAUAAUUGUCAUGAAUUGAGAUACUUAUGGCUAGACGAAUCGGAGUCAUGCAGCCUUGCGAGUUUACAGAAGCUAGAGGUACAUAAUUGUGUCAUACUCAAGAGUAUUAUAUGUCCAAAUAGUGUUAAGAGGUUAGUGAUAAGUAAUUGUGAUUCAAUAGAAUCCUUGACGUUCUCAAUAAUUAGUGAGAACCUCAUGGGUUUACUUCCCCUGAUUUUUCUAAGAUCUCUUCACAUCGAUAAUUGA